AAACCAGACAGGCUGUUGUGAUCCCUCGUUCCGGUCGGCUCGGCUGUCUUUUAGAUUCUAGCCUCAACUCGGAAAAAAAAAGAAAAAAAGAUACUUUUAUAAAACACAUUUAAUUAUUAUAAAUAUAAAUAAUUAUAAAAAUGGCCACAAUACGGAUUUAUGAAGAUCAAGAAAAUCGAAUUACUGAUACUAGACGUAAUAAAGAUAAUAAUUUAGUACUGAAGGAUCAUAAUCAACAAGGACAACCGGGAUUACAACAGCAAAAACGUGCGGUAUUGGGCGUCCUUCAUAACAACUGCCAUAGGAAUAAACCUGAAAUUACAAAAGAUGAUAAAUUUAGCAAAACAAAAGCUUAUAUACCACCACAAUUGGAAUUUAAAGUUUUUGAUGACAAGCGUGACGCGCCAUUCAAAAUAUACGAGGAAAAAGUUGAAGAAAAACAACAACAACACCAACAGAAAACAUUAUUAUUACAUGAUCAUGAAACUCAAGUACAGGUUAAACGUAUAACAGAAGUAACUUCAUCAUCAUCAUCAACAACAACAACAACAUCAACAGUAUCUAUAAAAGAUAAUGAACGUCGUCCAGUAUUGGAAGUUAAUCCAGUCAGUAUUGUACCAGCAUAUCGUCCAGUUUUACAGGAAAUAAUUGAUCCUACUAUAGAAUUAUGUAAACGUACAAACGAUGAUUAUCAUCCGGCAAGUCCGAUGUCAUUGGACAAAUCAAUAGCCUCAUUGAUGUCUAUUGAGUCAGCUAAAAAAGAAUUAAGAAAUAAACGUGACAAUGUUAAGGCAUUAAAAAAUAAUUUUUAUGAUGUUGAUGAAUAUCGAGCUGAUAUUUACAAUUAUUUGCGUAUCGCUGAGACACAUCAUCGACCAAAACCAGGUUACAUGAAAAAACAACCGGACAUAACAUACGCAAUGCGGUCAAUUCUCGUUGACUGGUUGGUUGAAGUUGCUGAAGAGUAUCGUUUACAAUCAGAAACUCUUUAUUUAGCUGUAUCAUACAUUGAUAGAUUUUUAUCGUAUAUGUCGGUAGUACGUGCUAAAUUACAAUUAGUUGGUACUGCAGCGAUGUUUAUUGCUGCUAAAUAUGAAGAAAUUUAUCCACCAGAUGUUGGUGAAUUUGUUUAUAUUACUGAUGAUACGUAUACUAAAAAACAAGUAUUGAGAAUGGAGCAUUUAAUUUUGAGGGUAUUGUCUUUUGAUUUAACAGUACCAACCCCAUUAGCUUUUAUACGUGAUUUAUGUAUCAGUAAUAAUUUGUCUGAUAAAAUUUUAUAUCUUGCUAUGUACUUAUGUGAGCUAUCAAUGUUGGAAGCAGAUCCGUAUUUACAAUUUUUACCAAGUCAUUUAGCAUCAUCGGCAGUUGCUGUCGCUCGUCAUACAUUACAAGAAGAAGCAUGGCCACAUGAAUUAGAAUUAUCAACAGGUUAUAGUUUGAGUGAUUUAAAAAAAUGUAUCAAAUACUUAACAGAGACAUUUAAUAAUGCCGGUAAUAUUCAACAACAAGCGAUACAAGAAAAGUAUAAAACCAGUAAAUAUGCUCAUGUUGCAUUAUUAUUACCACGUAGUACUGAGGUAUUAGCUUACGAUGAUGAUGAUUCUGAAAGUGCUUGAUUAUUAAUUAUUAGUAGCUGAGUUAUUUUUUUAAUAAUUAAUU